AUGCACCGGGAUGAUUCCCUUUCAGAGAUGAUGGCAGGAGAGCGUGGUCGUGGACUUGCAGACUUGAAAGGAUGGGAUCCAUUGGACCGGCGGAUCGAGGUGGAGAAAAAGGAGAAAUAUGGCCAAGCACUUCGUGACCAAAUGGCCAUGAACAGCGCAAGGGGAGCUCCUGGUGAGACCUCAAGCUCCCCUUUGCCACCAAGUCGUGGCAGCUCCUGCACAAGGGCAGCGGGGGAGGCCAUUGCCUCCCCUCACUCCGGCCUCAUGCAUGGGCCGCUGGUGACCGACAGUUCCGCUGCCAGCAAGGUGGCACAAGUGCAGGAACUGAUGCGGCAACGGCUCCAGGCGGUACAGGAUGAGCAGCAGCGGCAAUGGCACGAAAUUCAGCUUGCGCUGAACGGGCAGUUGCAUGCUGCAAAGGAGGCUGCAGAGGAAGCUGUCCGCCGGGAGUUUGGAGAGGUGAUGCAAGGGCAGGCCGCGGAGAUGCAAAAUUUACGCAAAGCUUUAAGCGACAUGAUGCAGUCCCAGAGAGCCACUGAGGAACAUGCUGGUCGACAGGUGGAUGCUUUGGCCGGUGAGCUUGCAGAUGCCAGAGCUGCCAUUCAGAGAUUUGAAGCUGAGACCGGUGGUUGGCAAAGCCAGAUCCGAAGCCUCAACCAUGCCGUUGAGGAGUUGGCCCGAGCAAAACAAGAGCAAGCGGCACAUCAGGACGCCGCGCAUCGAGAGCUAGCAGAGGCACGGAGUGCCAUGCAGCGUUUGCAGCUGCAAAGCGAUGAUUUUCAAAGUCGACUUCAAAGCCAGGCUCAGGAGAUGGAAAGGCUAAGGGCUGAGAAGCAGGAGUGUGCAAGAGAACACGAAGCUUGCGCCAGGGAUCGGGCAUUGCUGUCCCAAAGGUUGCAGGAUGUGGAGGGCAUUCUGAAUGAGCUCAGAGGCCAGCUUCGAGAACAUGGUCUUGAAAUUGACCGAUUGAAGGUGGCACAUCAAGAAUGCGCCUCAGCCCGGCUCGAGAUGCAGCGGCAGAUGCAAAAGCUGCAUGAUGAUCAUGGCCGCCUCGGGUGCCAAAUUUCGGAGGUGCAGAGUGCUGUGUCGCGGCUCCGGCAAGAAGUACCGCAGCUAGCGGAGGCAGCUGCUCAUCGUCUCAUGGAAGGCCUUCAGCGGCGCCCAGCCACACCACCAAGUGCCCCGCCGCCUCCACCGCCGGACCCAAUGCCGGAUGUGAGCGAGAACGCCUAUGCGGUACUCCGAGGAUCUGAAGGAGAGCUUUUUGAGCUUCCAGGUCUCGAGAAUGUCAUUGGCCGAAGCACUGCGUGUGACACCUGCAUUCCGGGCUCACAGGCAAUCUCCAAUCGCCAUAUGUGCAUCAGCUUUGCGUCGGACGGCACUGCAAGUAUUCGCGACAUCGGGUCUCGCAAUGGAACAUUCCUGAACGACCACAGAGUUGCUGGGACUGCUUUGGUCAUGAAGAGUGGUGACAAAGUGCAGCUAGGUGUGGACGGGCCCAGUUACGUCUUCACCUGGGGCCGGGGCCCUUUAGCCCGGCUUACUAUGCUCGGUGGCCGCGAGAGCUGCAGCGAGCCAGUGGUGCCAGAGGAUCAAGGAAACCUUGAGAAGGCGGACGGCGAUCCAGAAGUUUGGCCAGCAGUGCUGAAAGUCUUAGAGAAGUAUGGCAAGCGCCAGUUGCAGGCCCUUUUCAAAGCAGGUGGUCGCAAAGGCACCUUCAAAGCCGAUGGUCCCGCGGUGUUGCAGCAGGUUUUGCAGCACAUGGGUCGCAGGCGAAUUUGGAUGCACAUCGAGGAAGUCUUGCGUAAGAUGCUGAGCGGCAAAGCUGCCGCAGCGCUGUCAGAAGCAGCAGAGCAUGGAGCACUUCUAGAGCUCCGUGGCAGCGCUGUGAAGCAGAGCUGCGGGCAAGCCGCAGCAAACUGCUUGGCAGCUGCGGCCCUUCGUGCUCCGUUCGCGUUCAGAGACUGGCUCACACGGCACCUAGAGAUGUUGCUGGGAAAAGUUACUGCUUCGUGGCCGACACAGCCGCAGAAUAUAGAUCAACUGGAACUUGUGCUGCGGCUAGCUUUGAACUUGGGUGUGACCUUGCCAAAGCGAGAGGCACAAACUCUCCUGCCAUUGGUGACCGAGACUUUAGAUCUCCAUGCGCGUGCCAAUGCUAGUGUGGAGCAGAGCCGUUGGCGCGGUGCCAAAGACCGCAGUACACUGCUGCGCACCCGCUUGGCAGACUUGAUGGCAGCAUUGCUUUGGAGCUCCGGCUGUGCGUUGACAUCGAGGUGUCUUGUGCGCUUUGCAGAGCGGGAGCACUGUUUGAGUGACCCAUUGCUAGUGCAGCUUCUGGCUGCUGUGUUGCGGCAGCUGUCGAAAGCCCGGGUGGAGAUGCUCCCAGCCUUGCACACUGCUCUUGCAGCCUUGCUCAAUACACAUGGCUGGGCGCGGCUGGGUCAACGAAUUUCGCUUCCUGUGUGGUGCAGCUUGUUGUGCCCCGAGAUGCAGUGCUCACUUGCCAGUCCAGGCAUUGUCGAGUUGUUGCCUGCUUUAGAUCGACAUCAAUGCACACCAGAACUCUUGGCGCAGUAUCCAAGCUGCCUUUUGAAUUUGCACGUUUCUUCUUCGUGCUCUUGUGACCUCUGUGAGAGGACAGAGCCGGGUAUACUAUACAACUGA